AUGGCGGCUGGUGGACAACCCCAAGGCGCUGCACCGGGACAACCGGAUCAGAACUUUGACUACAUGUUCAAGCUUCUUAUAAUCGGAAACUCGUCCGUCGGAAAGACUUCGUUCCUCUUCCGUUACUGUGAUGACUCGUUCACAUCUGCCUUCGUCUCCACAGUCGGAAUCGACUUCAAAGUGAAAACAGUGUUCCGAGGUGACAAACGUGUCAAACUCCAAAUCUGGGAUACCGCCGGACAGGAGAGGUACCGUACCAUCACCACGGCCUACUACCGUGGAGCAAUGGGAUUCAUUCUGAUGUACGACAUCACCAACGAGGAGUCGUUCAACAGUGUGCAAGAUUGGUGCACUCAAAUCAAAACGUAUUCCUGGGAGAACGCUCAAGUCGUUUUGGUUGGAAACAAGUGUGAUAUGGAUGCGGAGAGAGUCGUCUCCAUGGAUCGAGGACGUCAACUGGCUGACCAACUCGGAUUGGAGUUCUUCGAGACUUCGGCCAAAGAGAACAUCAAUGUGAAAGCUGUCUUCGAGAAGCUCGUCGAGAUUAUCUGUGAUAAAAUGGCUGAGAGUUUGGACAAGGACCCCCAACAACAACCAAAGGGACAAAAACUCGAGGCGAAUCCAACUCAGAAGCCAGCUCAACAGCAAUGCAAUUGCUAG